GGGGGGGGAUCCGCAGCAUUGGAGCAAGUCUUCUCGUUCGGCCGCAUGUGCGUGUAUAUACGUGCGCUAGUGUUGGUGGUGCCGAUGUUUUGACAUGCAGCCAUGAUCGCGAGAGGCAAACCUUUGCCACACCAGUCCAAGUCAGUAGCUUUUGUUAGUUCGCGGAAAACGGUGAGCUUUCGUAGUGCGCAGUGCGUUUCAUUCGUUUCGUUCGUUUGCUCGAUCAUCGUUUGCUGUGUAUCGUCCCGGUGUUUACGGUCCCCCGGGGGGCAAAGCGGCACACGGUUGUGAUCCAACGUUCGUGCUAAAAAAAGAAGCAAGUGUUUAAAACAAUAAUACAAAAAAAAGAAAAAAAAGAAGAUUAUUACAAAAUAAUAGUGUUAAAAAGGGGUGAGGAAGAAAGUGCUGAAGAUCAUUAGCGUUUUGGAGGUGUGCAUGAGAAAUAAGGAAAGUGUACGAAGCCAAGUGGUAUACAAGUGUGUGUGGUGUGUGAAUGAGCAGGUGACGUGAAGAAGCAAAAAAAAACGCCGAAAAUUAGCCCAAAAAUAAUCAAGCUCCCAAGAGAGCAAGAGUGGCGUUUUAUUGGCUGUCGUCGUCGUUGUCGAAAAAGCGCAAAAGGAUUUGCUUUUGGUGAAAGAUCGUGCACAAACGAAGGUGGUUGAAGGUGAAGAUAGUGAAUAUAUUUCGCAUUUCCUUCAAGUUCGAAGAGCUCAUUAUCGGGUGCAGGCAGUUAGUGUGGGGAGACGUUGCAAAAACACGGAAAGGAAUAAAUGGUGGUGGCGGAAUUCUGGAAGAAAGUUUGAUUUCCGGUUGUCCAAUCAUACCAGCAAUAGAUAGACGCCAUAGUCACGCCAGAAGAUCACGCAACAUUUGGUAGUGAAUUGGAGCGAGUUGUAAGCUUAGCUGUGGAUUCAGCUGGAUUAUGCUUGCCAGCCAACACACCGUACCUUUGCAGCAUGUAACAGUGCCCGGCCGGUGACGAAUGCACUUCCUUGCACUUCUGCCAGGCGGUGUGAAGCAGUAGCAGCGUGUUUGUUGCGUGUUGCACGGUUUGAACUUCUGGACGCUAACUGUGCGCGCGGUAGUUCGGCUUCGAUCGAAGCCAUUUUUUGUCCAUUUUCUUACGUGCGUGACUCUUUGCGAAUAAGAUAUCCCCACCCCGGUAAGCAAACGUCUCUCUGCAACGUCUUCGUUUGCCCUGGUUGGCAAGUGAGGCGCAACGAAGCAAUCGGGUAACCAAACCCGCGCGGGGUGGCCAUCGGAAAGUGAGAGUGAAAGAUGGAAAAAUAUGUAACCGUAGUGUCGGUGGAUGAUCAGCUGCUAUCACCGAUCGUACCACCUGCGAUAGAGCCGGUCGUGAUUGUCGCUAGCAGUGGUACAGGCGCUGACCGUGCGGUCGAGCUUAGCAAUAUGGUUGGACUUAGCAAACCCGUCAACGGUGCGGAUGAGCAGCUGACACACGGUGACGAGCUGGACGAUUCACAGUUCGUGACGGUGCUGUCCAUCAACCACGGUGGGGACGGCGGUUCCCGUACGGGCGGACAACAGAAUGCACCGGAAGUGGUGCUAGUGUAUCGGUUACCGGGCGAACGGCUCGGGUUCGGACUAAAGUUUCAGGGUGGCACCAAAAGCAACGAGAAAAUACAGCGAUUGUUCAUACAGUCGUGUGCAGAAAACAGUCCUGCUUCUCGGGUACAGGCAAGUUGGGGUCAUCUGCGCGAAGGUGAUGAAAUACUCGAAAUUGACGGUGUUGACGUAAGUAGGAUGACACGUAUUGAGUGCGUGAAGUGUCUAAAGGACAGCAAUGUUGCCAUCAAACUGUUGGUACGCAACGGAGAAGGAAAGGUACAGAACUUUUACGGUGAGACAGGCGCUGGUGUUACGGGUACGAGUGGUACCAAUACGGAUGGUAAAGGUGUAGGAGGAGGCGGAGGUGGAGGGGGAGGCGGAGAACUUCCAGAACGGAAAGGUGCACCACCACCACCGCCACCGGUUCCUCCACGGAAGCUAAACAAACGAAAGCAAGUAGCGCCAGAGCAGCAAAAUGCAUCCAGCGCAACAGAUGUAGGACCACCAGCUAAACAGGGACCAGGAACUAUAUCGGUUGUCUCCAGCACGGACACAUUCGUACCACCACCGGAUGCGGAAACAUACAGCAAUCUUUUUGCAGAUGAUAUAAGUGAUUUAAUUUCCGAAUCAGAUGAUACAGCCAGCACCAUCUCAACAGUGGUGGAUAAGUUCUCGAUCUGUUCGAGCCUUUCGUCCGAAGACUAUACGAUCCCUUCGCACGGUGGACCGGCCGGUAUUGGGCAGAGUGCUGAGCUGGCCAAGGUACUGAAGCCUUUCACGCUGCUCGAGCAAGAGUUUAAUCUCGAGAGCAAGUUUGAAACGACCAACCUGUUCACCUUCAAACCACCGCCUCCAGCAGCACCGAUCACCGCCACAACGAACGUGGUUCAGCUGGAAGUACCGGCGGCGGAAAAACCACAUCCCGCAACCAUCUCGACCGGCGGCGCACCUGUUGCGGGCGAGUACGAAAAUGUCACCAUUAUGAAGGUGGAUGAAAAUCGUAACUACGAGAACGUAACCGUACCGUACGGGCCGUACGAAAACGUCACCAUACAGACGGUGCAGCCGUACGAAAAUAUGGUACUGAAUCGAGCGGCAGCAAAUCGUCGACAGAGCAGCACGGAAUCGACACCGCUACAGCAGCCCGACCCGAACGGGGUGUAUGAAAAUGUCGAACUAAAGGCAACGGUUCCACCGCGACCCUUACCUCGGCAGGGUGCCUUGGUGGAGCCGAAGAAGCGAGCACCGAUACCUGUCCCAAUACCGAUCGUCGUACCACCGCCAAGGUUGAAGCCGGCAAAACCCGCACAGAAUGGUGGCGUGCAGCAACAAUCAUCGUCUGGUUCGUCGACAGCAGAGACAACGCCGACAUCGACCGCAGCUUCAACACCGCUCGGGUCGGAGUAUAACACGAUCCAAAGCUGGCUGCAAGAAGCGACCGAAGUGAUACACGAGUGUGCUCUGACCGAGAAUAGCAAGGAGGAGGAAAUUUCAUCCACCGAAGAGAAAGCGCCAGCGGAUGCAAAACAGUCAACGUCCACCGAUCUUCCGCGGUUGAUCGAUUUUCUUCCGAAAGUAUCGGUACCGUUGAAAGUGCUGGAAGAUAUCGAAACAAUCGCACCGCCCGCAUCACCCGUACGGUUCGAAGGAUCCGUCGGAAGUGAAGGCAUGCACGGUAUGGAAGUGGCGGGCGGCGAUGGAUUGAUUGGCGGAGGUCGGUACGAACUGCCACCGUCCGAGUCCGUGGUGAGGAAGUGUAUUAAGAUUUUGUCCAGCGAGGAUCAUACGUACAUUGAGAGUAGCUCGAGCGAUGAGGAUGAGGAGAAGCUGUACGGUCGGUCGGAAGAUGAGGACGACCGGAGUAGCUCACUGUCGCGGGAAGCAACGACACCGGAACAGUUCCUCAGCGGUGACGGUGGGUACAGUGAUGAGGAUGGUGAAAAGCUGGGCCCACCGGAGAUUGUGUCCGGUGGUCCAUCGGAGGCGUACUUUAACUUCCCCUGGACGUCCAACCUGUUGCCACCGAUCGGUGAGGUGGAGGAAGAAUUUUCCUCCCUCGAACAUCAACAUAACGGGCCGAUAGUUAUUAUCAACACGGCGGAAGAAACUGUUAUCAACGACACCAACAAUAACCAGCAGCGGGAGCGCAAGAAACCGUUCGAUGACGAAUCGGCCAAACUGCCACAUGCAACCGUACCGUCGACGAAAAUAGUCAUCACAGGUGGUACCGGGCACCGUAUCGAACCGAUGAGUGAAGUGAACCGUAUCGUAGCUGCUGUUGCUGAUUCUGAGUUUUCAAAGGAGGAAAAGGAUGAGAUGGAUGAUGUAGAAGACGAGCGUGAUCAGGUGUCGCCGGUAGAAUGUGGCGAUGAGGACGAUCAAGAUGCGGUAGAUUCGGAUGAUUCUUUAGAGGUGGACAAUAAUGCGAGUGAGCGAUCGUUGAAGAAACAUGGUACCAAAAUCCCACACCAGACGGUAGAGUCGGAUGAAAAGGUAAACAACACGUUCAGCCCAACUGAUAAGGCAGAUGAUGUGAUGCAAGUGAGCGUGGAGACAGAGCCGAACAUUACCUGCCAGGACGGUAAUGUAGUGCCGCACAUUAGCGGUACCGUACACAACGAUAGCACGACCAACGCGAACGAUCUUCGACCGGAACGGGAAGUCGACGAAACAACUCCGGUAACGAUCGAGCACAGCGCAACGAUGGAAGCUAGCGGUGAGCAUGAGGUGAACGAAACGGGUGUCACCGUCCCGGAAAGUGGUGAACCGAUCGGUAGUGAGCUAGCAAACGCGAAUCAAACGAAAACGGUCGUGAACGGUAACGAUCGGGCAGUGGACACGGACAGCAAUAUCGAUGCGAUCUGUGGUGACGUAGACAUCGUCGUAGGCGAUACCGUUGAGAGUGACUUUGAGGAGCUGGUCAAAGCGCAAGUCGAACCGCUCGACGUCGAGGACAGUUCGGAGCAGAUACAACAGAUUCAUGAGCGAAUCAUUGUUGGCAUUGAGCGCGCUGUGAGUGAUGAAGAUGCUGUGGAGGAUGUGUUGUUGCCGGUCGGGUCUGAACAGGGCACCGAAUCGGUGACCACAGGUGAUGUGUUGGUGGACGGUGAAACGGAAGUAACUGUUGUAAGUGAUAGUCCUGUAGCGGACGGUACGGUGAAGGAAACUGUCCCCGUACCUGUCACGGAUGUACAGAAACACGAGCAUGAUGUUGGAACGAGAGAGUAUGUAGCUGUCGAGGAGAUAUCAACCGAAAAACAUCCAACAGAACAAGAAUCGAGCCACAUCGCUUCGUCCGGGCUAGCGGCAGGCACCGAUAGCACUGCCAGCAACCACCCACCCACCAUCAUCAUCCCCCACCCUGACGCAGACAAACGGACCGCCCCGGGCAGUGUCACGAGCAUGGACUCGAUGAAUAAUGUAGUGACGACGACAACCACCGUGACCGCCAUUGCCAGCACCGUGCAUCAGCUCGUACCAGCACCGUCCGUAACGUCCACCGUCCCAUCCACAGCAGCAACGAAUGGUGGCAAAGUAGCGCCACCGGCAUUCUCACGACUACCACCGGAUGGGCAUGAGUUCCCGCCGAACUUUACCGAACCUUCCGCUGCCACCACGACGACGACGACGACGGGAACGACCGUACCGAACGGCAGCAACAGUGUCAACGGGAACGUUGCCAUCCCGAACACGGGACCGGUGGCCGCGAUGACGAUUAUGAACGGUAGCAUCACGGCACCGGUACUCGCCAAAUCGAACGACAAACAUUCCAGUUUCAACGAUGAUCUACCCGAUCUGCCCAAAAGUCAUCCACCACCGGUACCCCGCAAAUUGUCUCACACACCGAACGGUGACAGCUUCCGCAAACCACCACCGUUCCCAACCCGCAGUUCCUCGAUCGCUGAGUCAAUGCUCAGUCGUAAGGAGCUCCCGCAAGCGUACCAAUCGCUGCAGAAUGUGUUCGAGCAGCGUCGUCGUUCGGUCGAUGUGCCCGAUCAUCAUCAUCACGGCAAACCACCACCACUGCCACAGCCAACCGGCACAGGCAGGAUAUCGCUAGUCGGCUCAAACUGGCGCAAGGAUGAAAAGUCGGAAAAGAGCGUACGGGACAAGAUUGCAAUGUUCUCGAGUGCGGCAGAUGCCGACGGUGUCGUACCACCGGUUCCACAGCACACCGUCCCAAUAACGGCCGCACGGAAGUUUAGCAAAGAUUUCACCAAGAGCUCGGAAAAUUUGCUCAGCUCGUCACGGGACCACUCCACCGCGAAGAAGCCGGUUGAAGCGAUCGAAACGUACGCAACGCUGCGCAAGAAAGCGCACAGUGUCGAGCAUCUGGAUGAGGUGGAUCGAGCCGUACCGAUGACAGCAUCCACCACCAGUGAAACACCAUACAAAGCUAAGUUUAGCCUGGAAACAUCGAAACCGGUCGUGCUGGGGAAGGCGUACAGUGUCGAGAAUCUGAACCCGAUCAGCCGAACCGAAACGGUCAAACCGCUCGGCGGUAUGUCGGUGGACGGUUCAAAGGUGCUCGCACGUACGACAAGCUUUUCGGGCUACUCGAAUGGACACAGCCUGGCAACGAUCGCGACAAGCUCGCCCGGUAGCACUAGCUCGCUCGUAGCGGCAAACCUUGCCAACAGUGCAUCGGGUACGGACGAACGCUGGAAGUCCUCCAUCUCGAACCUGUUGGAACAGCGCAAAAAGUCAAUGUCGAAGCUGCGCGGACUCGUCAUACCGGAGAAAGUGCCCGAAACGGAAGUGUUGCCGGAAGCGCGCAUUAUCGGGCUACCGAUCAUCAAGAGCAAGGAUUCAGAAAUUAUCCUCUCAUCCGGUGUCAUUGCUAAACCACCACCCAUGGAACCACCAGCAGCGGUGCCACUGUCUUACAGUCGCAAAACGAGCACACUACCGAUGCCACCGAAAUCGAGUCUCAGUUCGAUGACCGGUCCAGCGCCGACUGUUCCCGUGCGCUCGAGCAAUGGCCAGGAUGGGACGUUCCGUGCCUCGACUACCCGUUUGCAGGCUAGUAUCGAUUCGAAGCAGUCGGAAUCGGAGUCGGAGAUGGUACCAACGUUCCGGAAGCCGCUACCACCGAUGCCACCGGUAAAACCACCCCGAACCUCACUGGUAUAUCCACCGAAGAGUGGAUCAACGGAUUGUUUGCGCAGCACGGAGGAUGAAAGCGAUGACAGUGAUUCGGUGUUGAGUUCGCGCGUAUCCUCACCCCCGGUAUCGCCCGUCGCACCGGCGGCACCGGUCGAGAAGUACGCCCUUACCCGUACACUCAGCUCGGAGACGAACACAUCGAUCACGAGCUCCAACUCGACGCUUACGUCCAGUUCGGGUUCGCAGGCUAGUUGCAGCUCGGUCGGUAGUACACCGACCGUCGACAUCAGUCGAAAGCUUUCCAAAUCGUCCUCGUCCGAGGCGUCUAUGAAUCGGAAGAAUGUGCUCGCAUCGGCCAAAUGCCGUAAUGGGCGUGGUGGUGGUGAUCUUAAGAUUGAAGAUGUCGGUACCUUUGGCAAUGGGGCAAAAUCCAAACGAUACGAAGAUGGUGACAGUACCGAUGGGUACGAGGAGGAAGAACGCCGCAAGUCAAAAUCCAAACCAAGAAGCUCGCUUACGAACGGUUCACUAAGCGCGGGCGGUAAAUCCAUUGGUUACGAGGCGGAAAAGAAACAAGAACUGACCCACUACAAGGUGGUAGACAGUGUGGAUAGCAUUGUCGAUAAGGUGAUAAAGGUUGCCUCGUACGUGGAGGUUGUUUCCGAUCUGGAGGAUAACUCGGUCCUAGAGGAACCGAUCGUUGCUUCCGCUAUACCGCUUCCGAAGGUGGAGAAACCCCUGCCGACUGUCGUACCCGAACAGCAGCAGAAGAAGAUCGUCCACGAUACACCGAACAAUGGUGGUUCAAUGACGGAUCUUGCCAAAUGGGUACGUCACGAAGCGGCCCGUACUAUCUCCCACAAGGAGCCGGAAACAGUUCCCAUCGCGACGGUUAUUGGGUUGCGUGCCGAGAAGAAACUAUCACCUCCCAAUUUGGCCCGCCCAGUACCAACGGAACCCUCCGUACCCGUACCAACGGUGCGACGCGAAUUACGUUCGUCGGUAGAAACGAAGAAGCUAAAUUUGGCCGAAAUUCGUAAGUCAUUCGAAUCGAAGUCCGCCAACAGUACGGUCAUUCCGACGCCGGUUAAACAACCACCGAAGGAACACACGAUCGCACCGGCAACACCCGCCGUACCGACGGCUACAUCACCACCAAAAACCACCCACCACACGAACGGUCACGAUCGGUUCUCGUCCUGGGAUUCGUUGGCGUCUUCCUCGUCCGGUGUGUCCUCACUGCAAACGAACAGUCUCGGACUGGGCAGUGUGGCACCGAACUGUACCGGAUCGUCCCAGACGCUUCAGAGCACACCGUCCGAUUACGGGAGCUUCUCGUCACUUGGCAGCAGUCACAGUUUGAUCACACCGCAGGAUCUACAGCUGAUCAUUGAAGAGGCCGAUCCACCGCUGGCCACACCGGAAGCAUUUGUGGUUGUGCUACAGCGUGAAACGCCCGAAAGUAGCAUCGGCAUCACACUGGCCGGUGGUUCCGACUAUGAGGCAAAGGAAAUUACGAUCCACAAAAUUCUCACCAACUCACCCGCGGACCGGGACGGACGGUUGAAGAAGGGCGAUCGUAUCCUUUCGAUCAAUGGUCUCAGCAUGCGAGGCCUUACGCAUCGCGAGUCACUCAGUGUACUUAAGACACCACGACCGGAAGUGGUCAUGGUUAUCACACGAUCGAAGUCGCUCGUACUCGAUACACUAACGAAGCUAAAGCGACCCUCGAUGGGAUCGCUCAGUUCGCUGGCGGAGAAGAGUGAAAUUGGUACGGAGUACGAGCGCAAGCUAAAGAUCCAACACAAAGCAUCCCGUUCGUUGGAUCUCGACCAUAUGGAUGUGGCAUCGAAUGAAGCUGAAAGUGUGUUCGAUGGUACCGCAUCCGAGGAUGGUCUCCUGUCGGCAGACGAUGUGUCCAAAUGUUCCUCUAGCAAUGCUACCGACAAUGCUUCCUUCUCCACCGCGGAUGUACCGGAAGGCUGUCGCAUGGUAGAAAUCAACAAGGACGGUGCCGGUCUCGGAUUCUCCAUCGAGGGUGGUUACGAUUCACCGACCGGUAAUAAGCCCUUAAUAAUCAAGAAAAUCUUCAUGGGUGGUGCCGCAGAAAAAUCUGGCCUGCUGCGUGCCGGCGAAGAGAUUGUUGCCAUUAAUGAUAUCUCGAUCGCGAAGAUGACGCGGAUACAGGUGUGGAACAUGAUGAAGAAACUUCCGAACGGAGGCGUACGCAUUACGCUCAAGUGAAACCCCACAAGCCAUCGAUGCCCGGCGGAGAAAGGAGGAGCGUGUUGGGGGACAGUGGGAAAAUGUCCACCCCCUCCCCAAGCAUGAUUAACCUAAACUUCCCCCCUCCCCCCCAUUCCCCUGUACACAGUUUAUUUUAUUUACUACUACUCGUGCGCUGAUUGUAUUGCAUACAUCGCAUAAGCGCAUAUCCUUAUACAUAUGCAUACAUAUACGUUUAUACAUAUACAUAUAUUUACUCUUUAUUUUAUUUGUAAUCUUAUACGAAUUGCUUGUUAUGUUUUUUUUCUUCUUCCUCCUUUCUAUCGCUGAUUUUUUUUUUUAAAUUAACAAAAUAUGAUAACAUUAAUGCAGAACUAAUGAACGCAGGCUUAGAAAAAUUGGAACAAAGAGGCAACAAAGUCAAAUGUUGGACGGAAAGAUAGUUAAUUUAGAUAUUGGAAUUUGCAUUGUUUCGAGGUGAGCCCAUAAAAGGGGGCCACACGUACACAACCCACAUUCUCACAUUACGAUGCAUUUAAACAAAGUGUUUCUAAUUUCUGUUUGAAACGAUUGGUUUUUUUUCUUCUAAACACAACGGAAAUUGCAUAUGUACUCGCACACAAAAAAACCCGAACCCCCCGUCAGUAUUGUAGGGCGCCAAACAAAGGGAAACAUCCUUGCAGAAGAACAAAAACAAAAAAAGUGGGGAGGAAAGGAAUUCCUUCCUCGAACAAAUAGCUUUGUUGAAAUGUAAUAACGAGAGUUAAAGCCCUUUACGUACUAAUUAAAGAAAAGCACUGUUUCGUGUUUUUUUCUUCUAUAUAACAGUGUAAAUUCAGUUCACAAACAGGACAAAUAGCAGCAUGGGUGAAGCAUACAGAUUAACAUUUAAAAUGAUUAUAAUUUAAUCUUGUUAGAGAUCUUAAAGUGAGUACCAUAAACUACAAAAGUUCCAAAUUUCUUGCCCCUUGUUUUUUGUAGUGCCGUUCGCUUCCUGUUCCUGUUUAGAUUAUUAGCACACACAUACACUCAAGAAAGGAAUAGAAAAUGGAGCGAAAUAAAAAAAAGAAGGAAACCCCAUCUUACUUGCAAGAGAGCAGUUCCAAACACUUUUAAA